AUGGACGUGGAAGCCGCUCGAGAUGAUAUUAGUGUCGAAGAUGGAAGUUUUAUUGUUUACACCGAUAUAUUCUACACAGUUAAACUAUCAAGGAGCAUUUGGCGAAAGAAACCAGCUGUAACAGAAGAUAAUAUCAAUGAUCCAAAUGUCAUACUCCGGGGAGCGUCUGGUGCCCUCAGACCUGGGCGGAUGACCUUCAUCCUAGGACCUUCGGGAGCCGGCAAGACCACACUGCUCAAAAUCUUGGCUGGAAGAAAAAAGACAGGUGUAACAGGGUGUUUGUACGGUGCAGGUCGUAGCUCAGUGCUGGUGGCUCAAGAUACGACGCUCAUCGACACCCUUACGGCUGGGGAGACACUGCGGUUUGCUGCCAGGCUCAAGUUGCCUAAUGUGUCACAGAGGGAAAGAACAAAUGCGAUCACUACAGUAACAAAGCAGCUAGGUAUACAUGAAGUCCUCAACACUAGUGCCGGUAGACUAUCAGGUGGAGAACGAAAGAGGUUGAUUAUAGCCUGCGAGUUGCUUACAGACCCUACCAUCAUGCUGCUGGAUGAACCUACUAGUGGAUUAGAUGCUGUCUCAUCUCUCUCCGUGGCUCGAGCUCUUCACACAGUAGCCCGCAGUGGAAGAACCAUAGCAUGCGUUCUCCAUCAACCUUCAUCACAACUCUUCAACAUUGCUGAUGACGUCAUAGUGUUGGCUAAUGGCAGGACGUUGUACGCAGGAGCUAUCGCAGACAUUCCCAGUGCAUUGAAUAGAGCCGGCUUUAUAUGUCCACAGUAUUAUAAUAUAGCUGAUUAUUUGUUAGAAGUAGCAAGCAACGAGCACCCUGGUGACAUGAAUCUCUUGGAACACGAAGCCAACAGCUACGCUCACGAGAUGAGCAAGAUUGCUAAGAGCGAAAUUUGCAAUGGGAAAGGAACAGAUUUAUCACCGGAAUCGGUAGCACUCCUCAAUCCCAGCCCUACGCCAUCGAAGGGGUACGCUGCCAGCGUGUGUCAGCAGCUGAGUGCACUUCUAUGGAGAUGUUAUAUAGGAGUGAUCAGAGAUGUUUACUUGACACAGAUUCGUUUGGUAUGUCACUUCGUCGUAGCGUUACUUCUGGGUGCGCUAUACCAUGGUGCCGGCGCAGACGCGGGCCGAAUGAUGUCAAACACUGGAUGUCUAUUCUUCUUCCUGCUGUUCCUCUUCUUCUCGAAUGCCAUGCCUACUAUUCAUACAUUCCCUGUGGAAGCCAAAGUCGUCCUGCAUGAACACUUGAACAAGUGGUACUCCUUGCCAGUGUACUGUGCUUCUAAAAUCAUCGUGGACUUACCUAUACAAUUACUAUGUGCGACAGUAUUCCUAUUCCCGGCCUGGUAUUUGACUUCACAACCUCUGGAACCUGAACGCAUGGCGUUAGCAUGGCUCACGUGUGCCCUAGUCACCAUACUAGCUCAGACCUUUGGAUUCGUUGUGGGUGCAUCAUGUGGAAUGAAGCUGGGACUGUUCGUGAUUCCAGCAGCCAACAUUCCAAUGCUGAUGUUCUCAGAAUUCUUCAUUCCAUAUCGUGAGAUGCCGGUAUACCUUCGACCGUUCGCGACAAUCUCCUACUUCCGAUACGCUUUUGACGCUUUCCUAGAAACCGUGUAUGGCAUGGGUAGAGAAAAACUGCCCUGUCAUGAAGUAUUUUGCAUGUUCAAGAAUCCCGUCAAACAUCUAGAAUUCCUAGGUCUUUCUAGGAACCUACAUGCAGAUUAUUUAGCUUUAGUCUUAUGGAUAGUUUUGUUACAAAUAGCUUUAGUGGUUGUUUUACUAUUACGGGUAUAUAAGGCUUGUAGAUAG